CCCAAAUUUUGCAAACACAUCCACAUUUACUUCCUGCAGCCAUUGACCAGCAGCUUGAGAGCCUUGGAACUGAUAGCGAUGAUACCCAGAAAAAGGAUUUAUCUUCUUACCCGCAAGAUCUACUCUACAAGGCCCAAACUAUGUCAGGACUGGCCCUGGCUGUAACUCAUGUUAUCUCCUAUCCAGAGGAUUAGCACAAAUGGUCAGUUAUGUGAUUUGCUCCCACUAGGUCUGAGGUUUGAGUCUCUCCUAAGUAACAAUUGCUAUCGUUUAUUGGUCUCCAAACAUCGUAGGGUUAGAUGGAAACGUAGUUUAAAAAAAUGAAUUGUUUAUGCUACCUACUUGAGGAUUGUUGUAUCCUGUCACUUUUAUAUGGUAUUCAUGCAAAACUGGUUUCAUUAUUAAUUUCCUCUUGCUGCAUCGAUUUUGUUUAUGAAUACCAUAGACUUGAAUUGGGUAUGUAUAGCUCAUAUGGGGUGGGUGUAAGCUUGGAUGUACAAAUGGAGGCUUAGCUGGUGUAGGUAUAGCUUGAAUGCAGGUGUAGGUACAUGCUCAGACAUAGGUGUAGGCUGGCUAGAACUCAUGUUUAUUUUUGGUGGGUCUAGGACUGUCCCAAAUAGUAUUCAAAUUUCCCUUCGUUGUGUACUCUCCCACUGAAGAAAAUUUUUGGUGUAAAAGGUGUUAUUUUCUUUUUUUAUCAAAGAAAGUGAUGGCUAAAGAGAUGAAAUAAUUUUGUUUCUUUUCAUCAAAGAAAGUGAUGACUAAAGAGAUGAAAUGAUUUUUAUCCCUAGUAAAUAGCAACGGCACCCCUUUUGAAUAGUAGAAUACACUAAGAAGAUGUGUUGGUGGGUCCUUGGAUCAAUCUUACUCCCAUAUCAGGUAUGGAUAUGAGCGAAAAUUGAGCACCCAAAGGUGUUGGAAGGGAGUGAAGUGAAGGAUUGUGUAAGAGGAAAAAACAUUAGGAGAGACUACUCAAAGGAGUUUGUUAUUGAGGGAGUUGUAUAGAAGACGAUUGAUUAAUAGGCUAAGGGAGUAGCAUAUAUCUUAAAAUGUUUGGGAACAUGGUAUGGUAGUAAACAUUGAUGAACAUGCAUAUGAACUUUGAUGUAAAAUUAUUUUUUAGUGAGCAACAUCUCAAGAACUUUGUUGAAGUAUUCUUUUUCCACUAAAAAUAAUUUGUAUAUUUGUAUUGUGAUGAUUUUAAAUCAUGCUAUAGAAGUUUUUGAAAUUUAGUCAUGUAAUAAAAAAUUAACACAGUGGUACUGAGGGGGAUGAUGGUUAGGGUAUGUUAUUUCAUGAGUAGGAUUUUGAAUAAGCUCUAUCCAUCCAUGCCCUAUUAUUUUAUUUCAAGUGAAAUGGAUAGGGUAUAGGUACGUAUCAAAAUUGAAGAGUUAAAAAUAAAUGAAAAUUAACACACAGUAAUUAUCCAAACAAAUACACACACAAUCUAUGAAAAUUAACAAUAAUUAUUGUUACAUUUAUUGAUAUAAUCUAUGAUAUAUAAAAUGUUUAUAUAUAGCGUUUCUUCUGUGGGGCUGUACAGAUCAUCCCCACCGGUGGUUCUUUUUUUUGGACCGUGAAUGAGUUAGUGGACGACUGAGAUUAGAUAAGCCAGAUGGGUUCCAUACUUGUUAUUGUGGACUUUACACCACCUGAUUAUAUUAUGUCUUUUUUAUGUUUUUUUUUAUAAAACUUCAAUUUAAAAACAGUAUUUUCCAUAAUAAAAAGAAAUAAAUAAAUAAAUAAUUCAUUAAAUUAUUUAUUGGGACACUGGUUUUUCGUCGGAGGUGCUCCAACCGGCUUCGAGCCAAGACUGGGAAGAACUGGCAACUCAUCUCCUGUUUAAUGGAAUCGCUAUUGUCGACCUUGGUCUUUGUGGUUUUUGGGUUCUUGAUUUCUGUUGUCACCCUUCGUGUCGAUCCCCAAUCUCCGCGAGAGUGAUAAUUGUCAUCGGAGUAUGGACAAUUGCAGUUGUACAACUUUAAAACCUUCUGAUCCUCUGUAAUGGCUUCGGAUCUAGCCAACACCGUAGGUAGUUAAAACCCUAAGAUCUUCUCUAUGAAUUUUUUGUUGAAGAUUAGGAGAAAGUACAACUUCUUGCUUGAAUUGCUACUAUUCUCUGGUUAGGUAUAGUUGUAUUGCCAUUUUAGUCGGAUUCCAUCCAAUUCGUUGAAUAUAAAAUCAAAAGAAAAUUGAAGUAAAUGGAAUAGAAAUGAGAUUCUAGUGGAUAUAGAGAAUCUUGAUACAAAAAAUUUACAACAACAAACAAAUGAAAUUAAGCUUUUCAAUCAAAAUGAAUGGUUAUUUUGACCAAACCCUUAUGGAUGACUUGACAAUUAAGUCCAAUUUGGUUUGACUAAUCCGGUAUAUUUUCCACAUUAAUGGGAGUAUGUCUAUGUUUCUGUUUUACGAAUAUGAUAUUUUUUGGGCAAUUCUGAUAAUAUCAAGUGUUGUUUCUAUUCUGGCAUUUCUAAUUUUCGGAGUUUUAGCCCCGAUUAGAAAAUGACCAGAAAAACUUUCUAGUUAUGAAUCAGGAAUAGAACCAAUGGGUGAUGCUUGGUUACAAACUUACAAUUUUGAACUUGUUAUUUUAUGUUUGCUCUAGUUUUUGUUGUUGAAACGGUUUUCUUUAUCCCUGGGCAAUGAGUUUCGAUGUAUUGGGGGUAUCUGUAUUUAUAGAAGCUUUUCGAUAGGAAUAGUUGACAAUUUAAUCCAUUUUUUUUCACUAUUUUCGUAUUCGUAAUAGUGCAAAAGGAAAGCCCGAUUCCAUGUUGUUCAAGAAUAGUGGUAUUGAGUUUCUCGACCCUUUGUCUUAGGAUUAGUCAGUUCUAUUUCUUGAUGGGGUACAAAGAAAGGGAUAUAACUCAGAGGUAGAGUGUCACCAUGACGUGGUAGAAGUCAUUGGUUCGAGCUUAUUAAUAGACUAGAAAAGAGAAGGACAAUAAUUGAAAGAAAAGAAAUCUAUUAUUUAUUCAUCAAAGUUUUCUCUUCCUUGUCAAUUGCGACAAUGAUUGUUUUUUGCCUUGGAGAUUUGUUGAUUCGAAGCCGGGAGGGGGAUGGACUCAUCUUGGUUUGGAGAGGGAGCUCGACAGCAGCGAACACCUCGUUGUUAACUAUGUCGGUUGUUUUGUCGAUGGUCAGGGUGAGAUCAGAGUUCAAUCCCUCAACUGCCAUUGCUUUUAGCUCCACCACCACCUACAGGACCUCCGUCACCUCCAUCCCCACGCUCCCUUCCUCCUUUUCCACCACCACCUGCACAAUCUCCUCCUCCUCUUUCGUCUAAGUCACAGUCAAAAUUAUUAUUUUUUUUCAAAAAAAAAAAAAACAUUUUAAUUUAGAAGUGAUCAUGUGCUUCUCGAAAAUAAUUUUCUCAUUCAUACAUAUAUAUUAUGUUAUAUGGAGGAGAUUUCAAUAAUUACGUCAAAUAUGUAACUAUGAUGGUUAUAUUCACUUUUAGCCAUUAGAUCACUAUUAAAUGAUUGUGAUUAAUUUAAAAAUUAAUUAAAAAUAAUUAAUAAAUUACCUAAAACUUGAUAAUGACUUAUUUUAUUUCUUUAUAAAUAAAAAAUUAUAACUAUUAAGAUAAUCUGUGGUUGGAACACAACUCUUUCUCUAAGCUCCUCGAAGGUUGGUGGAAAGAUGCAAGUGCAAUUGGAUGGCCAGGUACUAAACUCAUGUGCAAGCUGAAAAAAGUGCAAAAAAAUAUCAAGGAAUGGAGCAAGUCGGUUUAUGGAAACAACAAGGUGGCCAAAAAUGCUUUAGAAAGGAAAAUAUUGGCGCUGGAUAAAAUAGAAGGGAGUAAUUUGUGGGAUCAAGCUCGGGAGAAAUCUUAAAAGGGAAUGGCAGCGGUAUAUAGUUGAAGAAGAAAGAAGUCUAUGGCUGAAAUCGAAAUGUAAAUGGGCAAAAGAAGGGGAUGCAAACUCAAGAAUGUUCCAUAAUUUAUUAAAUGCAAGGAAGGCAAGAAACACUAUCUCAAGAAUUGAUGGCUCGACACUUGACAAGGAGGAAGUGAUAGUAGCUGAACUAAUUGACUUCUUCUCUAAAUUAUACACAUCCGAGAGGAGACCGGGAUGGGGAAUUGAAGGCAUUGAGUGGCAACAAAUAUCAGAAUCAUUAGCUACAGAUUUAGAGAGAUCCUUUGAAAAAGACGAAAUAAAAGAUGCCAUUUUCAGUUGUGAAGGUAACAAAUCACCUGGUCCUGAUGGAUUUAGUUUGGCUUUUUUCAGUCAAACUGGGAACUCAUAAAGAAUGAUAUUUUGGAAGUCUUCAAGGCUUUUGAAAGAAAGGGCAGAAUUGAGGGAAGCAUUAAUGAGACGUUCAUCUGUCUUAUACCAAAAAAACUUAAUAGUUGUUUGGUAAAAGAUUUCAGGCCUAUCAGUCUGACAACAAGCGUUUACAAGAUAAUCGCUAAAGUUCUGGCCGCAAGGCUUCGAGGUAUUUUGGGGGAAACAAUUUCGAUAACACAAUCAGCCUUUGUAGAAGGGCGACAAAUUUUGGAUUCGGUUCUAGUGGCUAAUGAGGCAGUGGAAGAUUAUCGGUGUCGCGGAAAGAGUGGGCUGGUAUUCAAGAUUGAUUUCGAGAAAGCUUAUGACCGAGUAGAGUGGGAUUUCUUAGAUCUGGUUAUGUCAAAAAAGGGGUUUGGGGAAACUUGGAGGAAAUGGAUUAGAGGAUGCAUCUCGUCAACAUCAUUCUCCUUAUUCGUGAAUGGAAGAACAUGGGGAAACUUUAAAGGAUCUCGGGGCCUUAGACAAGGUGAUCCUCUUUCACCUUUUCUUUUUACACUAGUGGUAGAUAUAAUUGGAAGGAUGAUUGACCAAGCUGUGAAUUCAAGUAUUUUCUCGGGGUUUGUAGUGGGCAAAGAUAAGGUUCAAGUCAGCCAUUUGCAAUUUGCGGAUGAUACGCUUCUGUUUGCAAAUGAUGAGGCCUCACUUCAAAUAUUGGUAAGAAUUGUUGAGGCUUUUUGUGCUAUUUCAGGAUUGAAAGUAAACAUGAAUAAAAGUCAAGUGCUGGGUAUCUCUAUGCACGAGAGUGUGGUUGCUGAGUGCGCUAGUCAAAUUGGUUGUGAAAUGGAGAAUUGGCCUAUGUCAUAUCUUGGAAUGCCUUUAGGUGGCUCGCCCAAGAAAAAGUUGUUUUGGGCACCUGUCUUGGAAAAAUGUGCUAAAAGGCUGGAUGGGUGGAAAUCCUCUUUUUUACUGAUUCAAUCGGUGCUUCCAUCUAUGCCUACUUACUAUCUCUCUCUUUUUAAAGCUCCAAAAGCAGUUUUACUCUCGUUAGAAAAAAUGAUGAGAGAUUUUCUUUGGGAAGGAGGAGAUUCAAUGGGUGGGGAUCAUUUGGUGGCCUGGGAGGAGGUGUGUAGACCUAAACAUGAGGGAGGCCUCGCUAUUGGCAGGCUAGAUAUGAGAAAUAAAGGGUUGCUUAUGAAAUGGCUUUGGCGAUACCCAUUAGAAUCAAACUCACUUUGGCAUAAAGUGAUCAAAAAUCGUUAUGGGAGAGCAGAAAAUUGUUGGGAUACUAAAUAUGGUCAUAGGCUAUCUCCAAGAGGUCCUUGGAAGGAUAUAUCAUAUCUCUAUGGUAAAUUUUUGGAGCUGGUAAAAUUUAAAGUGGGCAAUGGUGCAACCAUUCGGUUUUGGGAAGAUAUCUGGAUUGGAGAAACAACAUUAAAGAAUCGCUUUUCGGACCUGGCAGUGGUUUCAAAGGCGAAAAAUACGAGUAUAAAAGAUCUUGUUGCCAUUGAAGGAGAGGUAGGAAAUUGCAUUGCAAGCUGGAAUUUUCAGUUUAGAAGGAACUUGAUGGAGAGGGAAAUGCCUAUUCUUAUGGAUUUACUGCAACUACUGGAACAUAUUAGGCUGCUUAAUAUCUCAGUGGAUAUCAGAGUAUGGAAACCAGAUCCUGGUGGAAUUUUCUCUUGUAAGUUAGCAUUCAAAUGGUUUACUUCAGAUCAUAAUGUUGGCGAGUUAUUUUGGAUGAAAAUCUUAUGGAAAAGCAGGUGCCCUUUUAAAGUUAAAGUCUUCGGAUGGUUGGUGGCAUUAGGAAAAAUUAAUGUGCAUCCUAUGAUGCAAAAAAGGCGACCAUUUAUUUGCUUGUCCCCGGGUUGGUGUGUUUGUUGUAAGAAAAGUAGUGAAGAAGUGAUGCAUUUGUUUUUGGGGUGUUGUCUUGCGCAAAGACUUUGGAUAAAGUUGCUGAACGCCUUUGAGAUCCAAUGGGUAAUUCCCGGAUCAGUCCCUCUAAUGAUGGUGAGCAAGGUGGGGGGUAGUAAGGGUAGAUCAUGCUUAUGGAGGACAACUGUUCUAGCAAUCAUUUGGGUUAUUUGGCUUGAAAUGAAUAACAGAAUUUUUGAAAGAAUUGAAGCUUCAGCUGAAGACUUAUGGGAAAAAGUCAAAUUCUGGAUAGCUGUUUGGGUUUACAAAACUAAGAGUUUUGAGCAGUUUUCGUUCUUAGAUUUGAAUAGAGAUUGGAGACUGUUGUGCAAUGUUGUUUAAUAGGUCCUGAUGUGUCUUAUGAAUUGUUGGACUGAUUUUAUUUUAAAUAUUUUAGGAUAUAGCACUUGUAAUCAUAGUAUUCCUCCGCCACAAGUGAGGUUAUCUAUAUAUAACGGGGGAGGGGUCCGUCUUAGACAAAGGUCUCUUUCUCUUUUUCAAAAAAAGAAAAAUUAAUUUUUUUUUUAAAUAUUUCGAUUAAAAAAUAAUAUUUUUUGUAAGGAUAUAAUUAAUUAUCGUUAAUUUAAGUUUUAAAUAGAAUUUUUAUCUGUAGUAAUAUGUUAUAACAAGUCAUAUAUUUUUUUUAUGUGACUAUUAUAUAUAUAUUAAUAUUAUGUUAUGCUUAUCAAAAAAUAUUAAUAUUGGUGGUUAUGUCAUUUUCUAAAAUAAUUAUAUAAUUUUGCAUAUUAAAAAAAUACGUAAACGUAUGUAAUACCGUAUAAAAUUAUAUGUUUUAAGUCUUUGUUACUAUAUGACAAAUAAGAGAGUUGGGGAAAUAAGAUUGGGUCUCCAUAUAUUUAUAGCGAUAUAUUCUUGGGUAUGAUUGAAAGUUAUCUGUUUAUUAUACUUAUUAUACCUGUUAUGUAGGAUGACUCAAAAAUGACAAAUUAAAUGUCACCCAAAUCUUAUUUAAUAUAUUUGUAUGGCUGGGGAUGUAUGAUCUUCGACUUCCAGUGCUCAUAGAAUAUUUGUGAGACUAGUGCUUUUCAACUUAUCUUAUAGAUGUCAAACUACAUGAAUACUUUGGCAUGGUUUUAAUUUGUAGGCUUAUCUCAAUUGUCCUGUAAUUGAAUUACAAUGAUACAGAGAACUAGUGUUCCCACUACAGAAAAAGCAUAAGCAAUAGAUAUUUGGUUUAGGAUGCUUUGUGUUCUGAAGAAACUAGUGUCUAUUUACUGGGUACCUUGUCAGGAUUCAACUCUAGUGACUGGGCUUUUGUUUAAGCCUAUAUUGUCUUUAACCUUUUUCCACACCAAAAUGUAUAUCCUUGUUGAGUUAGCUUCUAGUUUCAACUCUAAAACUGUAUUCACAAGCAGCCUGUUUCUGAAGAAACCUUCUUUAUUAAGCAAGUGACGGAAAGCACAGUUCCUGGAUGAAAUUAUCUUUAGAUGUUAACUGAUUCGGUACUGUCUUCUUGAUGUUUUGAUGCAUACACUUAUUAGGUUAAAUGUGUGCACAUGGUUUGUGGAAGAGAACGGUGUCAUGUUUUGAGACAAAAACUAGCUUACUUACAAAUCAAAUUUUGAUGUGUAGAGGCCAGGAUCUAUGUUCGAAGUACUCUCUUUCAUAUUCAACUGUUACAACAUAAAUGUACAUCUAUUUCUGAGGAUGCAUUUUUUGUAAGAUACAUCUAACUUGUGAAGCCAAUAAUUUUGCACAAGUUAUUAAAAUUAACAUGACAAGAACAAUUAAAUUCUGCAGUCAUUGAGGUAAUUGAAAGCUAAUUCUUCAAUACAUCACAUGGGUUUUGGGCGUGGAUAUGUAAGUGAUGAAUUUCAAAUUUAUGCAUGCUCAAAGUAUUUAAUAAGUGAGAUAUCAUUUGCUCUUUGUGAAUUCUAGAUGAUUUUUACAAACAUUUCAAGUUGUAAGUGCAGCAAUAUCAUCACUUUAAACAUUGAGUGGAUACAUUGAACGGAAGAUUACAAUCCAUUAUACUAAAAUCAAGUCCCUGCCAAUGUUUUCUCUCUGCUAAUUAAUCUAUGUAUUGCUUUUACUUUUUGUUAUAAGCCCAAGGUUGUUGCCAUCAAAAUACAACCCUUUUUUCUGUUAUGAGAGUUAUUCAUUUCGCAUGGCUAUUUUCUGUGUUCUAAGUGCUUGCCUUAAACAACUUGAAAAUUUUCACAACUCUUAACAUUCGCUAUUUCUUUUUGGUUUAGUGUGUUACUUUACUUUCAUAUCAUUUUUCUCCCUCUAUUACUUUAUACACUUUUUGAUUGCUUGUAAUUUGGACCAACAUAUUUUGAAUCAUGUCGUAA